AUGGCUUCAAGUGACCCCUCAGGUCUUCAAACAUCUUCUGGUGUAGCAGGGACCGUCAAUCAACCGAAAAAUAUAGCACUUGGAGGUGAUUUUCCGGUGGAGCUUUCGAAUCUUCAGCAGAAUCAUUCAAGACAUGCCGAGGAGGCUCCUAAAUCCUCCAAUGGCCAGUCAGACAACUAUGUGUCAGAAACCGCCCUCACUGAGGAAGACCGCGAUAUUCUAAUUUCCGAGGAUUACGGACAUGUUCCCAGGCCUUCUAUAUCAACCUAUGAAACAAUCCGUGCUCACUAUGCGGAACUGUACUUCGAGAAUUUUCACCAAGGGUUCCCCAUUCUUCACCAAAGUACCUUUGAAGCUCGAGGCUCGUCGUGGCUCCUUUAUAUUGCCGUCGCUGCCGUGGGAAGCCAGUAUUCUCGGCUCUCAGGCCGGACUAGAAUAUUCUUUGACCUUAUGAAAACCGUCCGAAUAGCUUUGCUUCGAAUGCUCAGCUCCACUUUGUCACUUCAAAGAAAUCUUGAGCUUUCCCAGGCAACACUGUUAUUCAAUUUUGCUCUUCUUUUCGGCGGAACACGCGAGGGUUUAAUGCAUUUGCAAUACCAACGAAACUUACUGGUCACGAUGUGUCGCCCCCUCCUCGUUCCUGGUGCCCUCUUCGCGAAGUGUGGCCUGUUAGCAAAUGCGAGUGUGCCGACCAGAGAUUGGACUCGAUGGAUCAUGAUGGAGUCGUGGAAAAGAUUAGUGUACUUUACUUGGUUUGACGACAUGCAUCUCAGCAUGCCCUGUCAUGACGAACUAUGGCAGUCCUCCAGCUUCCAUGACUGGGAGGGAGCUAAAGGCCUGCAGAGAGAAUCUAUCAGUGUUACUUCUUUGCUCAAGUUGAAAGUCAUUGAUCAAGAGCACAUCCGCUCAUUAAGUAAUUCGGCACUUUGGAUAUCGGUAUUUGCGGUAUAUCUUGCGAAAAGGCACACUACUCAACAGCAAUCGUUCAACCCGUAUCCUAGCAUGCAAAAUAUCUCAGACCGCCGGAACCUAGCUUCUGCGGAGGGAAUUGUUCCCCUUGAGCAUGAUAAGGAUCCCGUCGAUACCAUACUUGGAAGUCUACAGCAAGCUAUCACGCGACACCGCCCAGAAUCACCUCUCCUUCUCAUUGUGACGAAAUUCUCUCUUAUUCUUAGACUACUUCGCUUCGUCCAAUACCGUCCUUUGUAUAUUUCUUCGGGAUGGAUGGCACAGCAUCAUGAGGUUGAUGCUGCGGCUCAACAUAUUGCACAGCUACUUAAAGCGGAACCCAGACAGGCUCGUCAGAGUCUCAUGCAUGCUGCUCAGUUGUUCCGAAUAAUCCGUUCACAGCGCCAAUUUGACCCCUACGACGCCUUCAUCCUUCUUAUGGCCAUCCUAUACAUCUGGAACUACGAUAGAUUCGUGAUGUCAGACAAACUACAAUUCCCUUCUGGUAGAGACGCCGAGGAGAUUCUUCGAAUUGAUCAAAAUAUGAACGAGGAUUUACAGGAGAAGUGGAUUGCAGGCACAUUUGAAAUGCCCAAGCAGCUUCAUAUCAGUGGGAUUGGGGUGCUCAAUGGUCAGGAUAGCGUGCCACGCAUUUUCAGGGAAUCAAUGAGGAUCUUGGGCCAUGAGAAGGCUUGGUCAAGACAGGCGAAUGCCAUCAAACACGGAUUGCAUCAAAUUCUGUUAGGGGGUACUCCAUCAUUUCCGGCCGAAGUCGAGUGA